UUCCGCUUCCUCCUUCUUCUUCUUCUUUGGUUUUAACAGCGGUAUAAUUGAAACUGGCACCUGAGUGCAGUUGCGCUGUCAAUUAAAUCACUGCCCCCCCCUAGUGGCCCCCCGGGCAAGUUGCAGUAGCAAAUGCAUAAUAGCUACAUGGUGAUAAAAUGCUUCUAUCAGAUAUUUUACAUCGGGUACUAUUCAUUUAAAUCAAUGAAGUAUACUUUAAUAAUAGUUAAAUAGUAUGGUAAGGUCUAAGUACAAUAAUACAUAAAAACUAAUGCAGCCAGCCCAGCAGCUUUUAUUUGAUAUAUACCAGAGCAGCAUAAUUAUAUUAAAUUCGGCUUUUAUCUGAUAUUUUACCUAAGGAAAAAUAUUUUUUACAUUAGGUACUAUCUAUUUGAAUCAAUAAAGUAUAUUUUUUAUAUAAAACAAUUAUUCACAUAUUUGACCCUGAAAUAAAGAUGUUGUUUAAAAUGGUAGCCAAUAAGUACCAGUGGCUACCAGUAAGUGAGGCCUUCUAGUAAAUCAGUCAGUAGUCCACUUCGGCUGAACAAAGCCAGACCCAUAUAAAGUGAAUGAUGUAUGACUUAGAUGGGAACAGCACCUCUCAAAGAUCCUUCGGUUGCUGAUUGAUAAAUUCCUGCUACAAAGACAACGUCACAAACACGACAGAUUCAGAGAGUCUGCUUGUAGUACUUCAUAAUAAUAAUAACUUGAACAAUAACACAGUGAGGUCUCAUUAGGGCCGACUCAGUACAACAGAAAUCAACUAUCAUCAUCAUCAGAGGAGAUAUUCUGUAAAGACUUGGGAGGCAAACACCUGACAAAUAAGAGACACAGGACUCAGGUUCAUGUUUAAUUCAGCCACAAAGCCAUGUGAUCUGCCUCUCAUCAAAUUUCCAUGUGUCCAAGUGGAAGAAAGAAAGAAACAGGUGAUGGUUGAUGCUGUGUAUUUGUAUAUUUGUGUAUCCAGUCUUCUCCUCCCCCACAGUGAGCCUGGACGUCACGGGAAGCAGAUGUUAUUUGCAUAAGAUAUAUACCUCCAUUGUGAUGUUGUCUGUGUACACACACACGCACGCACGCACACUCCACCUGCUGAACCUUCUUGUUCAGCAGGUGAACUAGAGGACGGCUCCUGUUCAGUAAGUAAUUCACAGUGAACCCUGUUGAAAACAGAAGGGUUGAGCACCGUGGAGUGAGCCGUGAGCUGUCCCCCCACAGCUCCACCUUGGUUGACUCCUCAACAGGAGCCUCAGGGGAAGAUGAACUGGGGCUUCUUGGAGAACGUCCUCAGUGGGGUGAACAAAUACUCCACUGUGAUCGGGCGCAUCUGGCUGUCCGUGGUCUUCCUCUUCAGGAUCUUGGUUUACGUGGCAGCGGCUGAGCAGGUGUGGAAGGAUGAGCAGAAGGACUUUGUGUGCAACACCCAGCAGCCCGGCUGUGAAAACACCUGCUUCGACCACUUCUUCCCCAUCUCGCAGUCCCGUCUGUGGGCUCUGCAGCUCAUCAUGGUGUCCACCCCCUCCCUGCUGGUUGCCCUGCACGUGGCCUACAGGGAGCGCCGCGAGGCCAAGCACAAGAGGAAACUGUACCAGGACAAAGGGAGCAUCGAUGGAGGUCUGUUCUGCACCUACACACUCAGCCUGGUCUUCAAGAUAGCCUUCGAGGUGGGCUUCCUGCUUGCUUUCUACUUCCUGUACAGCGGCUUUGAGGUGCCCAUACUGUUCCGGUGCAGCCAGAGUCCUUGUCCCAACACCGUGGACUGUUACAUCUCCAGGGCCAAGGAGAAGGAGAUAUUCCUCCACAUCAUGGGCUGCACCUCCAUACUGUGUAUCGCCCUCAACUUUGUGGAGCUCGUGUACAUCACGUGGAAGCAGCUGUGGAGAUGUUUCAGCAGGCGGUACAUGCCCGUGGAGCAGAGCGCCCUCGGUCACGGCCGGCCACCUGUUUCCAUCGUCAACAAGUUCACCUCGGCCGAGCCGACGGCAAACACAGAGGACGGCGGCACACAGCGGAGAGCCAGCCUGACCGGUCGCUCAGAGUGGAACCACAGUGGAACUGUGCUAUAAACUAGUGUGGUCUAACCUGAGAGGAGCCUGGCUGCUGCUCAUUCCCCUUCAGCUCCUCGCUGGAUCAAAUCUUUCCACCUCUAUUGAUUCCUUAUAGUGGAGUGGAUGCACAGUGCCUCGCCUUUGUUUGAACCGAUGUCCAUGAUAAAUAUAUCAUUCACCAUGAUUCUUAAUGACGUGUUACAGACCAUUCGUCAUGGGGUUAUUGGAGGGAGAGAGGGAGUUAGAGGAGAGGGAGGGAAGAAUAAACACUGUUAAUGAAGUUCAAAUUGAAGAAUUGAAUUGUUUCUUUGUACUUUUACUUUUGAUACGCAAGUACAUUUUUAAUACCUGACAAAUACUUUGACUCAAGCAUAUUCAUGUGAGUGCUUCAUACACCACUGCUGGGCAUUGUGUGUGAUGCAGAGGAAAGAAAACAUCUUUCAAAUUCAAAAUGAGACAUAAACAUGAAGAGUAGAACGCCUGUUAGUUAACAUUUACUUUAUUUAUAAAUGCAGUUUCUUUACAAUUGUUUGAUUUUGUACACUAUUCAAAUGCUACAAUUGUACUGUUUAUGCAUAUGUGCAAUAAUUAUAAAUAUUGAUUUUAGGAAAUCUUGAUUCAUAUGAUUUUCCAUUUCAAUCAUAAUUUGCUUUAUUCCCCAGUAUGAAAUCACCUAAAAGUACAGUUUAUCAAGGUUUAAAUUUAAGUUUGAUCCUGAAUGUCUUCCUGUACAGUUUUACUUACCUCACUUCAAUUCAUGUUUAUUGCCAUUAACACAUCAUACAAACAAAAACUAUAAUUAAGUGAAUUAUGUAAAUAAAUGCACAAGAAUUUCAACCUAUUCACAAACUUGUGCAGCAGUGAAUGAGGUAGUGUGUUUAUAUGUAUGUACAGUGGUGUGAAAAAGUGUUCCUUCCUGAUUUCUUAUUUUUUUGCAUGUUUGUCACACCUAAAUGUUUCAGAUCAUCAAACAAAUUUAAAUGUAAGACAAAGAUAACACAGGUAAACACAAAAUGCAGUUUGUAAAUGAAGGUUUUUAUUAUUAAGGGGGAAAAAUAUCCAAACCUACAUGGCCCUGUGUGAAAAAGUGAUUCCCCCCUAAACCUACUAACAGGUUGAACAACCCUUAGCAGCAACAACUGCCAUCAAGCGUUUGCGAUAACUUGCAAUGAGUCUUUUACAGCGCUGAGGAGGAAUUUUGUCCCACUCAUCUUUGCAGAUUUGUUGUAAUUCAGCCACAUUGGAGGGUUUUCGAGCAUGUACCGCCUUUUUAAGGUCAUGCCACAGCAUCUCAAUAGGAUUGAGGUCAGGACUUUGACUAGGCCACUCCAAAGUCUUCAUUCUGUUCUUCUUCAGCCAUUCAGAGGCGGACUUGCUGGUGUGUUUUGGAUCAUUGUCCUGCUGCAGAACCCCAGUUCACUUCAGCUCGAGGUCACGAACAGAUGGCCCAACAUUCUCCUUCAGGAUGUUUUGGUAGACGGCAGAAUUCAUGGUUCUAUUUAUCACAGCAAGUCUUCCAGGUCCUGAAGCAGCAUACAGGAUUGGAUGUUGUUGUGGGGUCUUUUGUGACCUCUUGGAUGAGUCGUCGCCGCACUCCUGGGAAGGUUCACCACCGUUCCAUGUUUUCUCCAUUUGUGGAUAAUGGCUCUCACUGUGGUUCGCUGGAGUCCCAAAGCUUUAGAAAUGGCUUUAUAACCUUUUCCAGACUGGGUGUGGCUAGAGAAAUUGAACUCAGGUGUGACAAACCACAGUCAAGUUAUGUUUUAACAGGGGGGCAAACACUUUUUCACACAGGGCCAUGUAGCUUUGGAUUUUUUACCCCCUUAAUAAUAAAUACCUUGAUUUAAAAACUGCAUUUUGUGUUUACCUAUG